AUGCAUUCCUACUCCGUGUUGGCCGCCGCUCUCACGCAGCUGCUCCUCGUUACAUCGGCCUCUGGCGCCGUGUUGCCUGGCUCGAUCGUCCCGGACGACUCCUCCCCGUCCUCCAAGCAUGUGGUGAGGCGAGAUGAAGACAAGAAGGUCGUCUUCAAGAUGGACUACUUUAUCCAGCUCAUAAACCACGACGACCCACCAUUCGGUUACUUUAAGCAGCGGUACUGGUGGAACGACGAACACUACAAGGGCAAAGGCUCGCCCAUCAUCCUGAAGGCGCCGAGCGAGGGGAACGGCGAGGACGACUUGGCCUACCUGACGAACGAUACCCUCCUUGGCCAGUUUGCCGAGGCUGUCGGCGGCGCCAUCAUCGUGCUCGAACACCGCUACUGGGGCAAAAGCUCGCCCUAUCCGGAGCUGACGGCUGAAACACUGCAGUAUCUCAACGUCGGAAACGCGACGGCCGACCUCGUCUACUUUGCCAGAAACGUCUUUCUGGACUUUGACAAGACUCAGUCGUCGAGGCCUUCCAAGGCCCCCUGGGUGCUCUCCGGCGCCUCCUACUCCGGCGCGCUCGCAGCGUGGACGAAUGCCAUCAGGCCCGGCACCUUCUGGGCCUAUCACUGCUCGAGCGCUACCGUCCAGGCUCUCCCCGACAUGUCCGACUCGUUCAACAUUGCCGAGGCCGCCAUGCCCCGUAACUGCAGCGCCGACUUUCAAAAGAUGAUCAAGCAUGUCGACGACGUGCUGACGAAGAAGAAUUACCUGGCGCGAAAAUAUCUGAAGAACCAGUUUGGCCUCGGCGCCAUGGACGACGACAACAGUUUUGCUGCCGUUCUUGCUCUCGGGCCCCUCCGCUGGCAGGGCGCCCAGUUCUACACCGGCUACACGGAACUGCACCGAAUGUGUGACUACGUCGAGAACCAGUGGCCUGGCAGCACAUCGAACCCGACCGGAGCGGAGGGCGUCGGCCUGCACAAGGCCCUAGAAGGAUAUGGUCGAUUUUUCCAAGAGGUCAUCAUUCCGGAGAACUGCGACAUGAAGGAACUGGCCAAAAAUAACGACACGGCCUCCUGCUUCUCGACGGACAACGUUGAGACCUCGCCGGUGUAUUCGGACUUGUCUGUGGAUAAUACCAUGGGCCGCCAGUGGAGAUGGCUCAGCUGCAACGAGCCGUUGGAAUCGUGGAUGACCGGGGGACCCAACAUGAAGUCCGGCAUCGUCUCCACGCUCUUUACCAGCGAUUCCCUGCGCAGCGAAUGCGAACAGUUCUUCCCUACCGUCAACAACCAUACGUACGGCCUCGCGAAGAAUCGUACCGCCGACGACCUGAACGCCCUCACCGGCGGCUGGGACCCGGGAAACGCGAAAAGGGUCAUGUGGGUGAACGGCGAGUACGACAUGUGGCGGCCAGCGACUGUCUCUUCUCAGAGGAGGACUGGCAAACCGCUUGAGUCGGUCUAUUUGAUCCCCAAGGGGAUGCAUGCCAGCGACAUAUUUGUGCUUAACGGACAGAUGAACCCGGAGGUGGGUCGGAUUCAGCGCAAACUCGUCAGCAAGAUGACGACAUGGGUCGACGAGUUCUACACCAAGGCCGGCAGACAGAGGCCGUCUCGUCGGUAG